GACUUUCGGCUCCGCAUUUUCAAGAUCUUGGACUUCAUGCAGUCACAGGCAAUGAAUACAGCAUUGUUCCUUUACCACCUCUGCUGGAACACACCCAAAAUCAUCACUGAUGUGCGCUGCAAGUACGAGCGCAUCUCUGUAACACAUAGCAAGGAACUUAAAGGGGUUCUGCAAAAUUUGUAUUGCCCACCGGGUGGGCACGGCCGCGGUGUUUGCUCCAGAGGCGCUGUCAAAGCAAUGACUGAAGUCACGCAAGAAAUUGUCACUCGGCAGGUCAACUACGAGAUGCGCGCUCUUCACCUGAUAAUGGAGGCCAAGCCAGUGGAUUUCAGAGAAGAAUUGCUGCUACAGAUCACCCUCGACAAUAUAAUUUCAUGUGUUCGUGCUGUGGCACCCACCUGGUGGUCAAUCUGUAGCAAUGCGGCCUUUACUCCCAAGCAAGCUGCCAGAAACACGAAGAAAUCAAGUCCAGACACAGUACUCCAUCGCUGCAAGAUGCAACAGCUCAUGUGUGCGUAUCUUAAGUCCUGUGGCCUCAAAGCACGCGCCUUCGAUACUCUUCAUGCGCUCUAUUUUUGUAUGAGCCAGAAAACCAUCUAUACAGCUGUUGAUACCAUUGCAGAGAUGACACAGGAGUGGAUGAAAGCUGACGUGAAGGAUUAUCCAAUCCGUAGUUUGCACGACAACAUAAACAUUAGAUUUCAAGUGUACGAGCAACGCACUGACAACAAGUCUCACUUUGAUAGCAGCAUGGCUGCGACUGUCUAUCCGGUCAAAGACCCUGAUGCUGUACCCCUGAAUGCUGCAGCGUACCAUGAAAAAAGGGCUUCUGGUUCUCAGAACUCAAUUACCCCCCUCGAUAUUUUUGAGCUUGAUUCUCAGGCCAGCCCCCGUAUUCACACCUGUGCCGUUUAUCAGAUCAUUCGCUUCCUAAUUGAUUCGGCACCAUUCGACUUAUCUACCUAUGAGCACAAGGAGAGCGAGCUCUUCAAGCCUCCUCCACCUGUUCACCAGCUACCAACCGGUCCAGAACACGCCCUGUGUCAAUAUAUGCUAGGCACGAUCCACCAAGAGGAGGCAUCAUAUGAAGGCAACAAGCGCUGUAUGCAUGAAUGGUUGUGGCAGCUUGGCCUGGACACUGUUGAGAACAUGAAGCACAUAUCUCAAGAGCAGCUGAUUGUUUGGAUGGGCGAUCAACUGACAAGCUCGCGCUGCCGUGGCCUCAAGAAUUUUAGAUCACAGGACCUGAAUUCCGCCCAGCGGUUCGAGUUUUUAAUCAAAUUGGUUGGCUGGUUCCAUAUCAAUCUGGGCUUUUCAUUCCACCAUCAGUACUACGGAAAGCCCGGAAUGAUGGGUCUCAAGCAUGCGAUCGACCUCCUCGAGUGCAGAAACCUUGCGACUCCCUCAGUACAAGGGACCUUUCACCACAAUCUCAACGAGCUCCUCCACCACGUCGCCAAAGCGCACUUUCAGGAUGCUUGGUGCACCAUUGCGAACAUCGACUCUCUGGAUGAGCUUCAUUCUUGUACCCCUCAAGAACUUUCUAAGCUCGCGUCUAAGCUUUGGGAAAAACUUGCAUCAACUCAUGCUCUCAAUAAGCUGCGCGAGAAGACUGACAAGGCAGCUAAUGACUACUUCCAACAGGCCGUGAUGUUCAACCGUGACAUCCUCGACUACCUUGAGCUUGACGAUGCAAUCAAGACAGGAGAUGUUGGCCGUGUGCGCAACCUUCUGCCGCGCCUCCUUUUCCGUUUCCUAGGUGGCGGACACACUGAUUAUGUCAUAGAGAUAUUAGAGCUUAUUCAAGCUCUUGAAUGCAAAUGGCCAGAGGAUCUCAAAGUUUGGGUUCUCAAGUAUUGCUGGCUUGGGAAUACCACUGGUCAGCCAGGCUGCUUUUCGCCCUUCGACUUAAUUCAAGAGCAUAAUAUCUGGGAUAUCAAGCAUAUAUUCGCCGUCUUUGGUCCGUAUGCCACCUGGGAGUAUAUAAAGAAGAUCUUAGCUGCCAUACCCACUAUGCGCAAGGUCAAGGACCAUGUCAACGCUGAUAUCAACCAUUUCCGCCGUGGUAAGAUGCAUAUGAAGCCUUCCAAGGAGAUUGAUGUCACCAAACUGCAGCAGGCCUAUGCUGCAUCGAAGAUUCAUGUCUUUGACCCAAUGCGCCCACGCCUGGACAUAGAGUGUCCGCUGACUACCUGCAACAAAGGUCCAAUCCGAUGCUACUGCGUAAGACAAUCAAUAGAUGGACCGCGCGACGGGUUAUGGCAAGAUCGACCGAGCAGGACUGGACCGACUAUGUCGCACUUGCUGUAGCAAGCAUAGCAUGCAAUACACACACAAACCAUCUAGCUACUUCUACGCU